AUGGAGAGUUUGCUGGACAACCCCAUGAAAGCCGUGCUUUAUCUCAAAGAGCUGACGACCAUCGUACAAAACCAGCAGAGCCUCAUCCAGACACAGAGGCAGAGAAUCGACGACCUCGAGAGGAAGGUGCAGGACCUGAUUGGAGAAAACCGGCGCCUGAGAGAUCCGCAUCAGCAUCAGCAGCCGCAGCAUCAGCAUCAGCACCCACCUCCUCUUCCACCGAGGAGCAGCAGCCCAGCGCCACCAUCCGGGCCGCAUCUUCCUCCUCCUCCACCACCGGCCGGAACUCCGGGCCAGGCUCCGCAGCAGCAUCCUCCUCCGCCGGUUCACCACCACCACCACCACCCUCCUCCGCAUCAUCAUCAUCCUUCUCCGCCGCGACAGCUGCAGCUCGUGCCCGCUGCCCCACCGUGCAGCACCGGUUCUCCUCCUGAGGAGCGGGAGGAGCGCGCGAGGAGCCCGCGGUGCAGAUCACUGAUCCCGCAGCAGCCUGUGAGCCUCUGCCGCUCGGCCGGACUCGCCAGAAAAGCCGAGAACCAAACGGUCCUGCACCAGUUCUGUUGCCCUGCACCAGAUGCUCUGGAUGCUCCUGAGGCUGACUCUCAGGCCUGCGUACCCAGCAGUGAAGACACUCCUUCUGUCUCUCCCGAGGGCCCCGCGCCACCUCCGGAUGGAGACGUCUCUACUCCACCUGCUGAUGGAGGAGGGGGGGACGGAGGAGGAGACCCAGCACGAGAGUCUCCAGAGCCAGUGGUGGUGGUGGAGGAGUCCCCCAAGCAGCAUCAGCAGCAGGAGAAGCAAGAGGAGGAAGGGAAGAAAGAAACAGAGGAAGAGGAGGCUGGAGGAGGGCAGGGAAGUGCAGGAGGAGGCAGGAGGCCCAGUCUGCACCACACCGCGUCCUCUCCUAUGAGGGUGCAAAGGAACGGGGCCUGCAGCCAUGCCAGCACUUCUGACUACGAGCUCUCGCUUGACCUCAAAAACAAGCAGAUCGAAAUGUUAGAGCACAAAUACGGCGGCCACCUCAUCUCACGCCGUGCCGCCUGCAAAAUCCAGACAGCCUUCCGCCAGUACCAACUCAGCAAAAACUUUGAGAAAAUCCGCAACUCCCUGCUGGAGAGCCGGCUUCCUCGCCGAAUUUCCUUGCGCAAGGUGCGUGUUCAGAAUGCUGAGGGCUUCUCAGCUGAGAGGGCUCUGGCCGAAGGCUGCUCUGUUGCAGGCAUACCCCUGGUUCGGUCCCCGUCACUGCCUGUUACUGUGGGUGGCACUCUCACAGACCUGGAAGACUCCUUUACAGAACAGGUACAGUCACUAGCCAAGUCCAUUGAUGAUGCCCUUAGCAACUGGAGUAUGAAGACCAUGUGCUCUUUGCAGGAGGGAGGCACUUAUCAGUUUAGUUCUGAAGCCUUUGGCACUUCAGGUGGAAAGCCUACAGUGGCUGUAACUGUUGGAGAGAGUGGUACCGUGGAUCAGGCCACCAGCCAGAGUGGUACAGUGUUGGGAGACAAUGCAGAUAACAUGCCUCGUAGUGCCAGCAAGUUAAUGAUGGCCUUCCGGGAUGUGACAGUGCAGAUUGACAGUCAAAAUUUUCACAUGUCCUCCUCCGUCAUGGAGUCCUCCACAUCAGUAUCCCUUGCAAACUGUGUCCAGCAGGGUACCACAGUGACUGAGACCCCAAGACAGGCCCCAAUAGAAGACACAAAACACACAGAACAGCCUCCACCUCCCCAGGAACCAUUUCCCCCUCCUCCAGAGUCAGAUCAUGGAGAAAUACCAGAUUGUGAUUUCCCAGCGCCACCACCCUGCGAAGAGGAACUUAUUGAAGAUCUACCACCUCUUGCCCUGGAGAAGACAGAGGCUCCAGUGCCAGAGGUUGCAUCCCCAGCGGAGACAAUAGAAGAGGCCAUACCUCCAGUGGGACACACUCCAGUGGCCCCUACUGUGGAGGUUCUGGAGGCCAAACGACAACUUUCAGACCCGGCUGACAACAGCUCAGAGCAGAUGAGCAGCAGCAGCACAUCAACAUCUGCCCGCUCAGCUUCUGAGGCCUCAUCCAAGGAAGCGCUGCAGACUAUGAUGCUCAGCCUGCCACGUUACCACUGUGAGAACCCAACCAGCUGCAAAUCACCUACCCUCUCCACAGAUGUCAUGCGCAAACGCCUAUACCGUAUUGGUCUCAACCUCUUCAACGUAAAUCCAGAUAAAGGCCUCCAGUUUCUCAUCUCACGAGGUUUCAUUCCUGAUACACCCAUAGGCGUCGCACACUUCCUGCUGCAGAGGAAGGGCCUGAGCCGCCAGAUGAUCGGCGAGUUCCUCGGCAACAGCAAGAAGCCCUUCAACAGAGACGUUCUGGAUUGUGUGGUAGAUGAAAUGGAUUUCUCGGGGAUGGAGUUGGACGAGGCUCUGAGAAAGUUCCAGGCUCACAUCCGUGUUCAGGGAGAGGCCCAGAAAGUGGAACGGCUCAUCGAAGCAUUCAGCCAGCGCUACUGCAUGUGCAAUCCAGAUGUGGUGCAGCAGUUCCACAACCCAGACACCAUCUUCAUCCUAGCCUUUGCCAUCAUCCUCCUCAAUACAGACAUGUACAGCCCCAACAUCAAGCCAGACCGCAAGAUGAUGCUGGAGGACUUUAUUCGCAAUUUGAGGGGGGUGGACGAUGGAGCAGACAUCCCACGGGACAUGGUGGUGGGCAUUUACGAGCGUAUUCAGCAGAGAGAACUUCGGUCCAAUGAAGACCACGUGACAUACGUCACCAAAGUGGAGCAGAGUAUUGUGGGAAUGAAAACGGUCCUAUCAGUCCCUCACAGAAGAUUGGUGUGCUGUAGUCGUCUUUUUGAGGUAACUGACAUCAACAAAGCCCAGAAACAAGCUUCUCACCAGAGGGAAGUCUUUCUCUUCAACGACCUCAUUGUGAUUUUGAAGCUGUGUCCAAAGAAGAAGAGCUCGGCUGCUUACACGUUCUGCAAAGCCAUGGGCCUCCUGGGGAUGCAGUUCCACCUGUUUGAGAAUGAAUACUAUCCCCAUGCGAUAACUAUCGUGUCUCCAAUCUCCGGCUCUGAUAAGAAGCAGGUCUUGAAUUUCUGUGCUCAGAGCUCAGAGGAGCUGCUCAAGUUUGUGGAGGACCUGAAGGAGUCCAUCGCUGAGGUGACUGAAAUGGAGCAGAUACGCAUUGAAUGGGAGUUGGAGAAGCAGCAGGGAGGCAAGACUCUCUCUUCUAAGAACAAUGGCACCCAGCUGGAGCUCCGUGGGAGACAGAGCUCUCCAUCGGGCAAAAAUGAAGUGGAGACAGCGCAGAGUGGACACAGUGCAGUAGAGGUGUCAAUUCACAACAGGCUUCAGACGUACCAGCUCAGUGCAGUGCCAACCCCAGAGAGCGCCGCCCUUCUUAACCAGCGGGGGGAGCUGUGCCAGGCACCGUGUGCCAGCCCUGUGCCCUCGUACCCCCACCAGCGGCCCGACACGCUCAUCCAGUGCCAGCAGAUUGUCAAGGUCAUUGUGCUGGACAAAGGCAGUCACGGGCGUGUCGAGGCCCUCCUCAGUCAGAGCCCCACCCACCAGCUUAUCUCUUCACUUGACGGGGGCAGAGCACAGCGGGAAAAAGAUGGGUCUCAGCCGCCGCUACCUCCGCCUCCUCCACCCUACAACCAUCCUCAUCAGUACAUCCCCCCCGACCCCCGCUUAACCCUGCAAAGGACCCUGAGUGGAUCUCGAAAUAUAGUGUAG